AUGACGUGCGCAUGUAUCAGUGCCCGCCUGUACGUGUGUACGAUUGGUAGGAUACAGGAUGGUGACCAUGGGGAUUCCUAUCGAUGUGAUGCAUUUAACGGAUUUAGCGGAUUUAGAGGUUCUAGCAAUACACUACAGAUUAAUAUUCUUGUUAGAGUCUCCUCUGUAACACUUACACCAGACCUUUUUAAUUUAACGGUCAUCGACGGUAUCAACACACAGAUAUUGUGUAAAACAUCUAUUGGACGACCCGCGCCAACAGUCAACUGGUACAAAGUCAGCAGUGCACCUGGUGCUCCUCCAGUAGAAAUUACAUCUCAGAUAUCUAGCAUUUCAAAUGAAACGGACCAACCAACUGUCCCUACCUUCAGAAUAGGAAAUUCUACUGUAUCCGGUAAAGUAAAGAUAAUAAAUGGUAACAGUAAGACUAUCAGUUGCUCUAGUCAGAGUAAUCCUGCACCCAUAUAUACCUGGACACCUGGGGGAACAACGAACAACGCUGAUCUUGUACUGAGUAAUUUACAGCAUCCUUCCGGUAAUAAACAGUACAUAUGUACAGUUGAAAACACCAUGCAGUCAACAGGAGAUACAUAUGUGGUUGGGCAAGCGAAUGCGACGGUGGCUGUAGAAGUGUUGUACCCACCAACAACUCCAGUUUUCCACUACGCCAAUUUGAGCGGAACUCGCAUUGAAAAUAGCAAGCUGUUAAUUGUGCGAGGUGAAGGUUUUCCAGUCCUCUGCGUAUCUCAGGCAAAUCCUCCGGUGUCAAUCUACUCCUGGUCAUUCCAAAACCCAGCAUCUCAAGAGCUCAACAUUGCCAAAAUUACUGGAAACACAACAAGGACAUGUACUGCACAGAACAAUAUGGUUGAAACAUUUGGAUCAUCUGGCAUCAGAUAUGGAGAGUCAAGGUCAGGAAAUCAGACCCAGACAUUAACCAUAAUUGUAUGGGUUCCUCCUGCUGCACCAACCAUCACCUAUCAACCUCACUGCAACAACACACGGUCGUAUUCAUCUGUUUACACAAUGAGGAUCAUUGAAGGGGAUUCGUUCUGUCUCACCUGUGACUCCGUUAGCAUUCCCGAUGCCUCAUACACUUGGUCUACACCGGGGUUCUCUUCAUCUACUCUCAGAUUUGGAAACGUUACAAGAGAUGUCUCAAAACAAAUAACUUGCUUUGCCGAGAACAGGAUGGUGACAACAUUUGAAGGCACUGUGAUCAGAUAUAACCAGUCAUCAGUGAAUGUGGAUGUGCUCUAUCGUCCAAGAGUGAGCUCAAUGAGUGAUCAGCAGACAGUGAAAGGAACUGCAUUUCAAUAUGAUUGUCCUUACACACCUGGUAACCCACCCGAUACAACAUUUUUAUGGACUCAUAAAGAGUCUGGUAGGACAUGGAACGGAAUCACUUUAAACCUUACUAAAAUACUCCGUGAAGAUGAUGGCAUAUACACGUGCGAGGCUUCCAAUGUUCUCAACCUGACUGCUGAGCCAGGUGUACAGAUAGGGAGUCAUGCUGGUUUCUUCCAUUUAGAAGUUUUCUUUGGUGCAGAGAAAAUGGUAUUCUCAACUGACAAGUUCCCUGGUGAAACUCAUAUUAAUUUGACAGAAAACGAACCCGUUAAUAUGACCUGUAUCCUUGAGAGCAACCCGGGUUCAACCAUUAGUAUUAGAAAGGACGCAGAGUUAAAACAAGAGAAGGCUAAUACAAAUUCAAUCUCAUACACAAUUUAUGGGAGAUGUGAAGACACAGGCGUUCACAUCUGUACGGGAAAAAACGAGUAUCCUGGUUCACCUCGGAAACAGAUUGACGUGCGAGUCCUGUGUUCUUCCAGAAAGUCUCCUUACAUUAAAAUUCAAAACAAUGUCAGUAGUGCACAAUCUGUAAAUACGACCAUGUCUUUUCACGCACUUGCUUAUCCAGAACCACACUACACAUGGCAAAACUGUGCGAGUUCAUGUACGGAUAUGGUCAAUGGCAUUGGCUGCGUCAUAUUGUCUAGUGGUCUGGUCUCCAACCUUACAAUAUUUAAUGUUAAACAGCAUGAUUAUGGAAGCUACAGAGUGGUUGUUAGCAACGGCAUUGGUACAGCUUGGCAUGAGACCUUUCAACUGAUUCCAUAUGGUUAG